AUACUCAUUAUAGAUUAUAGAUAUAUUCGUUAAUUUUAUACUAGACUAACUUUGAGAGAGGAGAGAGAGAAAUUGGAAAGCUCGUUCUGGAUAUUGCUUUUGAGUAUGGUUUUUGUAGAAGGUUUUGGAAUCAGAUCAUCUGGAUUGAACUCAUUUGAUCACUUUUCUGGAAUUAUAUCCUUCGUUGUGUAGAAACAUUUGCUGAUUCUGCAUGAGAAAAUUGGUGGUCGAGUAGAGAGAGAAAUUUUCUUUGUGGUAGCGAAACAUGUCUGCCGUAGUGUGCGGAAAGAGAUCGAACAUCUUUGAGGAAUCGCCGUCGUCGCCGCCUGUCAGUAAAAGGAUCCGCUGCUCAUCGUCGUCUUCGCCCGGCCGUACUUUUUCUCCGCCGAGGGCUGCCGCCGCAGCUAAUUAUAUAUCCUCCACUUCUGCGAUCGAUCAUCUUGUCGCCCUCUUUCCUGAUAUGGACAGACAGUUUCUGGAAAAGGCCCUCGAAGAGUCUGGUGAUGAUUUGGAUUUGGCUAUCAAAAGAUUAAAUGAUCUCCGAUUGAGUGUUGCCGCAAGUUCAUCCGAUCUUACCCGGGAAAUUGACGACCAGUUUUUGGCUAAAGUGGUGAAUGAUGGGGGGCCUGCUUCAGGAGAGGAACCACCUGGUGUAAACAAUCUUCCUGUAGACGGAGCAGAGUGGGUGGAGCUUCUGGUUAGAGAAGUCUUGACUGCAGCCAAUGUAGAGGAUGCUAAGGCACGUUUGUCCCAAGCACUUGAGGCAUUAGAGAAGUCCAUUUGUGCGAAUGCUACUGCAGAGGCUGCGAAAAGCUUCCAGAAGGAGAACAUAGUGCUGAAGCAGCAACUAGAAGCACUCCUACAGGAAAAUACUAUUUUGAAGCGAGCAGUUUCUAUACAACAUGAACGACAGAAGGAAUUCGAGGAAACGGGCCAUGAGUUGCAUCAACUGAAGCAGCUAGUAUCUCAAUACCAGGAGCAACUACGGACUCUCGAGGUCAACAAUUAUGCCCUUACGAUGCAUCUCAAGCAGGCCCAACAAAGCGGUUCACUCCCUGGACGUUUUCACCCGGAUGUGUUUUAGUUUUAGUUAUUCAUCCCGGUGUGUAUUAGGUGGUUCUGGAGCAAGGCAAGUGCUAUAGUAGAAUCAAAUAAUAACAGGAUCUAGCCUAGAUUCCUGGCCAUAGUUGGUAUGUGUAGUUUGUGUGAGACCACAUUAUUAUAUGUGCUGGUUUGUGAUGCCGCUCUCUGCUGACAUCUUAACAAUCGCAGUUAUACUCGCUAAAGUUUAUUUAUUGCUCGUUUGGCUUUC